UUUCUUCUUCUUUUUAUUAUUAUAAUUUGAAAUAAAACAUGACAUCUAUUGGUACCGGUUACGAUUUGUCAGUGUCCACGUAUUCCCCUGAUGGACGCGUGUUCCAAGUUGAAUAUGCUAACAAGGCUGUUGAUAAUAGUGGUACUGCUAUUGGUUUACGAGUGAAGGAUGGUGUUGUUCUUGGUGUUGAAAAGUUAGUACAAUCAAAACUUCUUGUAGCUGGUGCCAAUCGCCGUAUUCAAAGUGCUGAUCUUCAUAUUGGCAUGGUAUCUGCAGGUUUACUGGCUGAUGGUAGACAUUUGGUGAACAGAGCUCGGGAUGAAGCUCAAUCAUGGAAAGAUAUUUAUCGUCAACCUAUUCCUGGAAAGACUAUUGCUGAUCGAUUAGGUCAAUAUGUAUCAGCUUAUACUCUCUAUUCAAGUGUUAGACCUUUUGGUUUAGGUACAAUCGUUGCUACUAUGACAGAUGGAACUCCAUCAUUAUAUAUGAUCGAACCUUCUGGUUUAUAUUGGGGAUAUCGUGGAUGUGCAGUAGGAAAAGGAAAAUCAGUGGCCAAGACCGAAAUUGAAAAGUUGAAUUUGGAUGAAUUGACUGUACGAGAAGCCGUUAAUGAGAUCACUCGCAUUAUUUAUACAUGUCAUGAUGAUGCAAAAGAUAAAGAAUUUGAAUUGGAAUUGAGCUGGAUUUGUGCUGAAUCACAAUUCAAACAUCAAUUUGUACCCAAGUCUCUUAAGGAUGAAGCAGAACGAUUGGCCAAGGAAUCAAUGGAUGAAGAAAUGGAAGAAUAGAAUAGUUUUUAUUUUUUGUUUUUGUAUACUUGACACAUCCUCUCUUUUUUUUUUUUUUUCUUUUUGUCCACAUGAAUAAUAAAGAACUUAACUUUGAAACACCGUCAGGGUCUGAACAAAAUUGUUAUGGGUCUUUUUUUAUUCCUUUUUUUCUUCUUCUUUUGUUGAUUCUAAAUUAAUUCUUCUUCUUGUAUCUAUUUA